GUCGGCCAUUUCUUUUGCAACGUCAAGAGCAGCGUGUGUUUCUUGAUUCUGUUUUCAGAAAUAAUUAUCAAAGCUGUGUGAUUUUGUGUCGCAUUUUUAAUCAACAAAAAAGAAAAAAGUAAAUUACAGUGUAAUAACGAAAUAAUGGAACCCGCAAAAAUGGCAAAAAAAUGUGAUCUUACUUCAAAAAUAUGUCAGUAUUUGGAUCGGCAUUUAACAUUUCCACUGCUUGAGUUUUUGUGUGAAAAAGAGACCGAAGAUCAAAAGGCAUUAUGGCAACAGAUCCUCGAUAUAGUCAACAAGACCAAUUUAAUCGAUUAUACCAUGGAUAUUCGCAAGCGUUUGCAGUUGGGCGAUGACAUGCCACAAGAAUUGGCUGAUCGUAAAGCAAAUGUUUAUGCUACUCUUGUCAAAUUACAAGAGGAAGUGUCCCAAAUUACCGAAAUUACGGAAAUUUUGAAGGAUGCGGACAACAUUAAGGAUUCAAAAACAUUUGUUGAAGAAAUCAAAAAGGAAUUCGGCUAUCAACCAGAAUGGGCCGAUAAAGCAUAUCGCAUGGGCAAAUAUUUCUACGAAUGCGGUAAAUACAUGCAAUCAAUAUCGUAUUUGUAUUUCUGUUCGUUGGUUAUGCAACCCACUGACAAGAACUACUUGAACGUAUUAUGGGGUAUUUUGGCUGCUGAAAUUUUGCAGUUGAAUUGGAAUUCAGCAUUGGAAAGUAUGAACCGUUUACGUGACUACAUCGAUAACAGCAAUUUCAGUAACAUCGAAGCAUUGCAACAACGUACUUGGCUGAUCCACUGGAGCGUGUUUAUCUUUGUCAAUCAUCCAAAAGGUCGUGAUUUAAUUAUUGAAAUGUUUUUGUACAAACCAUUGUACUUGAAUGCCAUCCAGACGAUGUGCCCACACAUUUUACGUUAUUUGGCCGCUGCCGUUGUCAUCAAUCCGGGUCGUCGUAAUGCUCUUAAAGAUUUGAUCAAAGUGAUUCAACAAGAAUCGUACACUUACCGUGACCCAAUCACCGAAUUUUUGGAACAUUUGCUGGUCAAUUUCGAUUUUGAAGGUGCACGUUUGAAAUUGCAUGAGUGCCAAACAGUAAUUGAUAACGAUUUCUUCAUCAUCAUUUGGAUGAAUGAAUUCAUUGAAAAUGCGCGUCUCAUGAUUUUUGAAACAUUCUGUCGCAUCCAUCAAUGCAUCACCAUCAGUAUGUUGGCCGAUAAAUUAAACAUGGAACCAAGAGAAGCCGAAUGCUGGAUAGUUAAUUUAAUUCGUAAUGCCCGUUUAGAUGCAAAAAUUGACUCAAAACUUGGCCACGUUGUGAUGGGUUCACAGCCGUUGAGCCCCUAUCAGCAAUUGGUAGAAAAAAUUGAUUCAUUGUCAGUACGUUCAGAAACAUUGACCACUUUAGUAGAAAGGAAACAAGCUAAACUCUCAUAUGCGGAAGGCUACAGCAAGUAUUAAACAAGCUUAUGCAAAAAAGUAACAACAAAACAAACAAUUACAUUCAGACAAACAACAUUACACCGCAACACGAAUUAUUUAAAAAAAAAAUAUUUGCCACAUCGAUACGGGACAUUUCAAUCUGUAAUCUAUUUUUUACAAUAUUUUUGAUAUUGUGCCAAUAAUAAAAUUUAUUGCAAAUGUUAA